CAUGUAAAAUUUCUGCCCGCGUAUCAAGCGUCACACACAGCCAGAGUAUCAUGCAACUCCUCUUCCAACCGGAAAAAAAAUCUGCAAUGCUCUCUCUGGUUCAAACCUGUAGACGAUUUUCUGAGCAUCCGAACUCGAAAACUCGCAGACGAGCGGGAAAAUGGCAGCAGCUUCAGCUUCAAAAGCAUCAUCCUCUCUCUCCCUCAAAGAAUACCUCAAGAAAUACGAAAACCCCAGCGAAGAUCCCGCCACAAAGAAAAAGAAAAAGAAGAAGCCAGCCAAACACGAUUUGAUCGGAGCCGUUCGUGUCGUCGACGAAGAUCCCAUCUGGCAGAAACCCAUAACGCUUGAAGAAGAAGAAGACUCUGAUUCUGCUGAGGAAGAGAAGCCCCAAGUAGAUGAAGAUAUUGAAGUGAAGCGGAUGAAGAGACUGGAGGAAAUCCGAUCCCGACGGUCUUAUCUUGCGAUUUCCGAUGACGGAAGUGGCUGGGUUCCGAUUUUGGAUGCAUCCAGACGUUCAAGUUCUGGAACAGGGGCUCCGGAUCUGUCCCCACCUCGUCAAGUGCGGUCCCACUUCAACACUUCCUCGUCUGGAGAUGAGGGGAAGCCAUUGGAUCCCAGUGGUGAAGCUUUGGAUUUGAGUCCACCACGUCAGCGGCGAGCCCGUUAUGACACUCCCUCACCAGAACCCGGACCGCAUCCAACAAACUCCGUCAGCCCAGACGGUGAUUUGUCCCCGCCUCGACACUCCCAUCCUAAAACAGUGUCAUCGGAUGCAAAAAGGGAUAAUUUAGGAAGACACGACUCCCUAAACCUCUCUCCGCCUCGAAGGGGUCAUCGCGGCUCAUUAGAAGACCCCAAACCAUCAGGCUCAAUUAGCCCGAAUCGUGAUUUGUCACCGCCACGACGUUCCCGUCGUCAAACGGAAACUCUAGAUCUCAAAAGCAAGAAUUCAGAAAGACAUGGCUCACCAGGUCUCUCCCCGCCGCGAAAACAUCAACGCCAUUCAGCAGAACCCAACCCAAAGGCAUCAGGAAGACGUGACUCACCAGACCUCUCACCGCCUCGACGCUCCCGUCUUCAUAAGACUUCUUCAGAUUCCAUAGGGAAGAAUUCGGAAAGGCCCAACUCACUGGACCUAUCUCCCCCUCGACGUUCCCGGCCUCCUACAGUGCCAUUAGAUUUCAAGAGGAAGAAUUCUGAGAGACCUGAAUCGCAGGAUGUCCCUCCUCCUCGAUGGGGUCGUCAUCAUUCGCCAGAAGUUGAUGCCUCUCGUGCUUCUUCUGAGGUAGGCCUUUCUCCUCCCAGGGGCAGGAAGGAUUCUUCUUCUGUCAAAGAGGCAAGAAGGUCAGGUUUGUUCUCUAAGCAGGAUUUCAAGGAAGAGACUGACAGAAAGAGGAAGGAGUUGGCAGGGUUUUCUGCAAUUGAUCCGUCUGUAAGUGGAAGAGGUGCAGAACCUGUUUACCGGGAUAAACUCAGCGGUAAUCGUUUGUCAAAGGGUGAGUUCUUGAAAUUACAACAAGGAGAAGAAAAGCCCAAGGAGAAGAAGUUGGAGUGGGGCAAAGGCUUAGCUCAGAAGCGGGAAGCUGAAGCAAGGGAGCUUGAGUUAGAAUCAGAAAAAGACAAACCAUUUGCGCGGACGAGAGAUGAUCCCGAACUUGAUAAAAUGUUGAAAGAGAGGGUUAGAUGGGGUGAUCCAAUGGCACACCUGGUCAAGAGGAAGCAGCCUGAUCUGCUUCUGGAAGAUUUGGGGGAUGAUGAGAAGAUGAAAGAGUCAGGUUUCUUGAUUCCUCAGACGAUUCCAAGCCACAGUUGGAUUACAAGGGGAAUAGAUCCUGCUGCAAACCGAUAUGGUAUAAGACCAGGACGACACUGGGAUGGAGUCGACCGUAGUAAUGGAUAUGAGAAGGAAAUGUUCAAAAGGCAAAAUGAAAAGCGGGCGACGGAAAGAGAAGCUUAUCUAUGGUCUGUUUCUGACAUGUGACAUGAACAGACAAGAAAAAAGAAUGCUGAAUGGUAUAGUAUGCACUCGGAGAGCCCUCAUAGUUGACACCAGCUACAAUCUUUUGAGCUCUUACCACAGUCAUGGUUGGCCUGAUGGUUUUUUUUUUCUUUUUCUUUUUUCUGAUUUCAAAGAACGGAGCAUUUAAAAAGGAAUUGUUGUACACAGCUUUAUGCAAAAAAGGGUGAGGUGAGAGGGGUUAAUACAACGAACGGGCUGGUGAAUCUUCUCUUUUCAAGCAGAUGUUCAAAUUAGAUGUUAUCCUGGAACAGUACUGUGUGAUUACGCCAGGAAUUUUGUCAUGUAUUACAGUGAAUGCAUUCCAGAUGUUUAUAAAGAGUACCUAUCACCUA